GACGAGUUUGUAACUUUAGUGCCCCUUGGAGAAGAAAAUGAAAUUCAGGGUAUGUGUAAUUCAGGUUUUGUUCCACAAGAUAGUACAAUUUAAAUUAUUCUCCAUAUGUUGCUUAAUUAUCUCAUAACGGUUUAUUUAAACCAGGAUGCAGUGCAUGACAGCAACGGUCUGGUUUCUUUUGCAGAAAUAGAGAACAACACGACAGCUAGUAUUGCAAAAUUAUCCAAUACUCUUGGUAAUUUGGAUGAGACACAUUGUUCUUGCUCUAAACAUAGCGCAAAGAGAGUUUGGGAAGCAUCACUUUCUUCCCUGAAGUCAAAGAAAGUAAAAGGAGUCAAUCUGGACCAUUUCCAUUCCCACUCUAACAAAAAUCUUGAUCCUAAAAGUGAUGUAUACGAUACCUGCUCUCCAGGAUGCUCUUUAGCCAAUUCAAAGCAUGAGAUUUUAUCAAGUAUUUAUCCUAAAAAUCCAACCAAUCAGUGUACACAAAAUUUCUGUCAAGAAUUUGGAAGUGUAAAUGUGGCAUCAGAGGACCUCAAUUCUGAAGAGAACACAUUAGGAAAAUCAUUUAAAAUUAUGCUGAUGAACAUUGCAGACGAAACUAAGAAAACUCAGCUCAUGAAGAGCUUGGAUUUUCUCCUCCAGUUGGUUAAAGGAAACCUAACGGAAGGCAGAUUUGUUGACGAGUUGCCUUACAUACUAAAUGAUGAUGACUACAUAUCGAAGUAUCGAGCCAGCCUAAAAGCUGCAGUUCUCAGGGUGAUUCAUGAGCUAGAUAAAGUAAACAACGUAUGGAAGACGAUCUUUGUGGCUUGUGAGGAAGACGUGGAGGAAGCCUUGGUGGCCGUACAAAAAGGGAUAUGGACUUUCAACGUUGAAUGGCUAAUGGCAUGUAUAAUGAGACCAGAAGUUGACCUGGAGGCCCCUCAAUUUGCUGAGUCCCUAUGA